AUGAACUGGUGGGCUUCAAGCAAUGGCGGAGAUCCAACUGGGCGUCUACCGGCUUGUUCCGGUGGCGGCGUAUCGGUAUGGCUCGGCGGAAGAUAUUCAACUCCUUACAAACUUACAGAUUACAAUCUGGCAAAAUCGAGCGAUGUGAUCACAACGAUAGCUAUGUUUGAUGGUGUUGAAGUUGCGAUUUAUCACCCUAAAGAGUUUGCUAAAAAACGACCAGGAUCAGCGAUGAUAUAUUUUCACGGUGGAGGUUUCACCAUAGGAUCGAUAGCGUCCUAUGCAUCUUUAACAAUGAAAAUCGCUGAAAAAACGGGAAUGCUUGUAAUAGUACCAGAGUACAGACUCGUCCCUGACCACCCAUUUCCCGCAGGAUUUGAUGAUUGUCUGCGCGUCACAAAACAUUUUAUUGAAAGAGCCCGAGAAUUUGACGUGGAUCCGAAUAAAAUUGUAUUAUCAGGAGAUAGCGCAGGUGGAAAUAUGGCAGCUGGAAUAAGUGUUGAACUUGCUAAACAACUCGACACCAAUCAGAAGCAUCCAGUUUGUAUGAUGAACUUAAUUUAUCCAUCAUUGCAGAAGGCGAACUUCCAGUUACCGAGUUUCCUGCAGAAUCGAAAUCCUCCAACACUACCGCCAGAAUUAGUUGGGCGUUUUAGUUUAACUUAUCUCGGAUUUGAAAAUGAGACCCGCUUUAUUCCGUUGAUUCUCAAGAAUGCUCACAUGAUAGGAUUCGAUGAUAAAGACGGAAUUCUGCAAGGAAUGAGCGAAAAAUGGAUUCCUCAAAAAUAUAAAGAAAGAACUUAUUCAAAACCUGAGAUUGCACAACUCACUGACGAAGAAAAAAAGUCGUUUUCAGCUGUGUCUUCAAAGCUACAGUCCGUAGUGUCUGACACGAGAAUGGGGCCACUUGCUGCAUCUGACUCAUUGUUACGAAAGCUUCCUAUAGCCAACGUGAUGACGUGUGAAUAUGACGUACUUCGUGACGACGGCAUAAUCUUCUACGAAAGAAUGAAAGCACUUGGAAAACGAGUGACUCACCAAAAUUGGGAAUUUGGCGCUCAUGGUUUGAUAAACAUGUACGGUAUUGCAGAGUAUUAUCAACUGGAGCGGGAAAUGAAUUACAUGUUUGAAUUAAUUAGCAAAGUAGUGGAACAGUGUUAAUUUUUGGCCAAAUUCUAUCAUAUAAUUCUUACCUUUGUAAAAUGUUCAUAUUUUUAACUCAAUUCGGAUAACCAAAUUGUAUUCGCCUUUUAUUCUCGACCUGUGUAUCGUUUCUAAUACUGCCUUCGUCUCGCCAAUUUCCGGCCAAUCUCUUCUCAGUAAUUCUAACCGCAUUUUGCUCCAGCUUCAUUUGAAAAAAAAAUCUAUGUCAUGUCAUGAAUCCACCUGGCACCGAACCUCCCAUGACUAUAAGAAAGGUGACUGAGACACAUUCAGCGAAUUUAUUCGUGAUAGGCCAUGGACAUAUGUAUAUAUAUCUGCAUUUUCGUUACCAGUUGGAUUUUGCGCUUCAGAGAUCGCAGAUUGUUUGCGCCAUGGUUUCCUUUGAAACACUUGCGGCGUUGCUGCUGUAGACAAAAUGCAUCUAUCAAAAACAAACAAUCUGAAAUGCUUCUGGCGUCUAAUGGGUAUUUACUGAUGCGUCAUUCUGCGAUAUAGCACAAAAGCCCUUGACACUUCAUUGGUCGACCUUUGCUCAGAGAUCAGUCUCCUUUAUUUGUGAGUGAGUGCGAGUGACCUUCCUUUGAACAAAUUUCAUUACAAGAAACAGCAGCAUGAAAAGCAACAAAUUGACCUAAAGACGGGAUCAGAAUCACAGAUCUGGAUUUGCCUGCCAUAGACCAGUGAUUCCCAAACUUUUUUUAAUAUCGUUACCCCUAAACCAGAAGUACCAGAAGUUCAAUUCUUCUUGAAAAGAAUGGGAUAUUCAUGUUGAAAGUCAAUCCGAAAUUUUCAAAUGUAAUAUACGUAUCUGUCUUUGCGAAAGAAACUGAGAAAUUUCACUUUCGCGGUCAUAUAGUUAUCACUUUUUCUCUUUAUGCAAAAAUGGCGAUAAUACAAACACCUCCUAACCAUCCCCUAAACCAGGGGUCACCA